ACAGCAUAAGAAAAAUGUAUCAGUAACAAAAGGUUGAUGAUGAAUCAACAGAGCCUUCACAAGGCAGAUAAAUUCGACAAAACGAUGUAUUCUUAUCAUAAUGUUGUCAUAUAAAGAAUUCUUUAUUAACAUGAGCCUCGGAAUACAACGGCGGUAACAGAGACUUAUCCGUCGUUGAGCCGGACCUUGCCCUCCAGGUUCUCUCGGUCUCCGGGACGUAGAAGAAUUCGAGGUCCGGGAGGCAAGCGGAAUCGGCUUCUAACAUGGAUUUCUCAGCAUAGAUGCACUACGUAAUUCCAUUUCCCUCCAACAUCAUCUUUACAACCCCAGUUCCUUCAAAUUGUUACUUUCAUCAUGGCUCGAAUUCACUGCGCUAAUGCGCAAUCGACGGCCACAUCUUUUAUUCAGCUUGCACGACGAAGCUACACAACGGCGCCCCAGACCUCAACGCCUCUCGAGUUCCUUAUUCCGCGAUACACUCUAUCAUCUCGACGACGAAACCCUCAAAUCACUAUUGCACAAUCCAGAAUAUAUGCUCACCUAAGACGAUCGUGGGACUUGAAGUCCAAGGGAACAGCGACGAGGCAAUUCUCGACUACGACUAUCCGGCAAAAGACGCGGGCUAUCCUGAAUCCCCAACAAGAUGAGGAUGGCAAUGAGAUGAUGCUAGAGAUUACUGAACGAGCUGCCAAGCGUCUCAACAAGAUCAUGGAAAAGGAUGGCAACCCGAACCUCGCACUAAGGAUUCAAGUUGAAAGUGGCGGUUGCCAUGGCUUCCAAUAUCUCAUGAGCCUUGUCACCUUACCAGCCAAGGACGCCGCCGAGUGGUCAUCCAUCGUGAACGAGGACGAUACGAUUUUCCAGUACAUCCCCGAUGACGCUGAUCCGGCCACAACUUCGGAAGAGGGCCCUAAGAUUAUUCUCGACGAGCCAUCUCUCGACCUCCUCAAGGGCAGCAAAGUUGACUUCACUAUGGAGUUGAUCGGCUCGCAGUUCAAGAUUACUGAUAACCCACUUGCUACCAGUAGCUGUGGGUGCGGCACAAGCUUUGAUAUCAAGAUGUAGAAUACCCAAACUUUGGAGACAUGAAGAUUCAAGAUCCAUAGAUUUAAAAGUGGUUCUCCACAUGUAUAAUUGACAUUAUUAAUACC